AUGCUUACGGGGUUUUUUUCAUAUGGAGUCGAAAAUUUUCAAAAUAGAUAUGUAUAUAUGAUUUGUUUUCAAAUUAGCAAGCAAUACAGGUAGGUAUAUUAAUUUGCUAUGCUGUGUCUCAUGAGAUAAUAGAUAGAAGGAGAAAAGGUGGCAAAAUAAUAAAAUGACAAAUUUGAUCCAGAUUUAGAAUUAAAAUUAUGCCAAGGCACUUUGGGUCACUUAGAUAAAACCUCAUGUGGAGCAUUUUCAUAAUAUAAAUGCUUGAAUUAGAAGAAGUACUUAGAACAAAAGGAAAAUGUAUAGAGUGCAAAACAAGCUUAGAAUAAAAGUUGUGAUACAAAAAAUCAAAUUUUAAAAGAGGUAACUUUGAUAUUGACUUCAAGAGGGAUGGAAAUGUUAUGUGUAAAAAAUCCACAAUAGAACCUACAUCCUCUUCCUAACAUGAUAAAAUUGAAUUUCAGCAAUCCUAGACUUUUCUAGAGCAUUGAGAACGAAUAAAGUUGGGACUUAUUGGAUAUGGAUUCAAGAAGUAUCUCCUUAACAGAAAGUUGUCGAAUACCGAUCUAUAUUUUUAAGAAUUAUUGGCAGCAAUCGAAUGGUGCUGAUUAAAAAAUUAAAUCCAUUCUGUAGAAUUAAAAAAAAGGUCUGUAUUUUUUAAAAAAAUUCCGCUGA